AAAAAGCUCGCGUUUCUUUUCAUUUUUUUUUCUCCUUCUCUUCUUUUCUCCAUUCCACACUAUCGGUGAAAUAACCCAUUUAUUCAACUCCCACAUACUAGAUUCUGUGAAGACUCUCUUUUCUCGAGAGUCCUAGGUCUAGUUUCUCCUUUCCGUGUCUACGCCUAUGGUUUCGAGCGUCCCUCUGCUAUUCAGCAGCGUGCCAUCAUGCCCAUCAUCAAGGGUAACGAUGUCAUUGCUCAGGCCCAGUCUGGUACUGGAAAGACUGCCACUUUCUCCAUCUCCGCUCUCCAGAAGAUCGACACCAACCUGAAGUCCUGCCAGGCUCUCAUUGUCGCCCCUACCCGUGAGUUGGCUCAGCAGAUCCAGAAGGUCGUCGUUGCCAUCGGUGACUUCAUGAACAUCAACUGCCAUGCUUGCAUUGGUGGUACCGCUGUCCGCGAUGACAUGAACGCUCUCCGUGAGGGCCCUCAGGUCGUUGUCGGUACCCCCGGUCGUAUCCACGAUAUGAUCCAGCGCCGUGUUCUCCGCACCGACCAGAUGAAGCUCUUCAUCCUUGAUGAGGCUGAUGAGAUGUUGUCUCGUGGUUUCACCGAGCAGAUCUACGACAUCUUCCAGCUUCUCCCUCAGUCUACCCAGGUCACUCUGCUCUCUGCCACCAUGCCCCAGGAUGUCCUUGAGGUCACCACCAAGUUCAUGCGCGACCCCGUCCGUAUCCUGGUCAAGAAGCAGGAACUUACCCUUGAAGGUAUCAAGCAAUUCUACAUUGCCGUCGAGAAGGAGGAGUGGAAGCUCGACACUCUCUCUGAUCUCUACGAGACUGUCACCAUCACCCAGGCCGUCAUCUUCUGCAACACCCGCCGCAAGGUCGACUGGCUCACUGACAAGCUCACUGCUCGUGACUUCACAGUCUCCGCCAUGCACGGUGAUAUGGAGCAGGCUCAGCGUGAUGUUAUCAUGAAGGAAUUCCGCUCUGGUUCUUCCCGUGUCCUGAUCGCCACUGACCUUUUGGCUCGUGGUAUUGAUGUCCAGCAGGUCUCCCUGGUCAUCAACUAUGACCUGCCUGCCAACCGUGAGAACUACAUUCACCGUAUCGGUCGUGGUGGUCGUUUCGGUCGUAAGGGUGUUGCCAUCAACUUCGUCACUGCUGACGAUGUUCGCAUGAUGCGUGAGAUCGAGCAGUUCUACAGCACCCAGAUCGAGGAGAUGCCCAUGAACGUUGCUGACCUCAUCUAAACUCCCCCACCUUUAUACCUCACGAUGCGGAAUACGACUGCAGUUGCCAAUAGCAGUCCAAGGGUAAGCUGCGGUGGAAAAGGCGUUAUGACAUCGUCGUGCUUCUCUUGGCAAAGGAGAAUCCUUCAAAAGUGGCUUCUUGUGUCUCCAGCAUUUAUUCUUAUUCGCGGUGGCCGGUUAGAGGGACACCUCUGCUAGUUACUGUUUCUGUUUCCUAUGUUUUCUUGCUUAUGGAGAUGCGACAU